AUGAGAUUCUGCAGACUUAACUCAGCAGCAUCUCAAGUAGAGCUCAGAUAUGCUGUGAAAGAGAAACUACAGAUUGAACUUCUCAGAGUCACUGUCUCUGAAAUCAAGCUCUCUCUGAGUUUCUCUCUGAAUGAUCACACAGGGUCAUAUAUCACUGUAUUAGCUGAGAGAGAGAGCGGUGUCACAACAGUAAUAAGAGAGGCAGAGAAUGAACUGAACACAGACACAUCAGUCAGCAGAAGAGAUGACAUCUCACUGCAAGGCACAGUAACUAUCACUACAGCUGCAAGAGAAGCAGGAGAAGAUGUGACAAUGAGAGCAGUACUUCUGCAGCUCAUUGACACUGCUGUCUUCACCUUCAACCUGACUUUCUUGAUAGUCACAGAGGCUGCAGCUGCAUCAUAA